AGGUUCGGGUAGUGGCGCGGCGGCGGGUUCUGGGAGCCAAGGCAACCGAGAUCUUCCCAGGCUCGCGAGAGCGCCCCCUUCUCCCGCUGCUGCGGGGACCCAGCGGCAGCGAUGGCUCCGGUGUCCGGCUCGCGCAGCCCGGAGCGGGAGGCCUCGGGCUCUGGGGGGAGGCGUCGCAGUCCGUCGAAGAGCCCUAAACCCAGCAAAUCCGCCCGCUCCCCCCGGGGCCGCCGGUCUCGCUCGCACUCUUGCUCUCGGUCCGGGGACCGGAACGGCCUCAGCCAUCAGCUGAGUGGCCUCAGCCAAGGCUCCAGAAACCAGUCCUACAGAUCCCGCUCGCGCUCCCGCUCCCGCGAGCGGCCCUCUGCGCCGCGGGGCAACCCUUUCGCUUCUGCCUCCUCGUCCGCCUAUUAUGGCGGCUACUCACGCCCCUACGGGAAUGACAAGCCGUGGCCUAGCCUCCUGGAUAAGGAGAGGGAGGAGAGUCUACGGCAGAAGAGAUUAAGUGAGAGAGAGAGAAUUGGAGAAUUGGGAGCUCCUGAAGUAUGGGGACUUUCUCCAAAGAAUCCAGAACCAGACUCUGAUGAACAUACACCAGUAGAGGAUGAAGAACCAAAGAAAAUCACCACCUCAGCUUCUUCUUCAGAAGAAGAAAAGAAGAAGAAGAAGAAGUCUAGUCAUUCAAAAGAAAGAUCCAGGAAAAGGAGAAAGAAAAAAUCAUCUAAAAGAAAACACAAGAAGUAUUCUGACAACAGUGACAGUGACUCUGAUUCUGAAACAGACUCCAGUGAUGAAGAUGCGAAAAGGAGAGCAAAGAAAGCCAAGAAAAAGGAAAAGAAGAAGAAACGCAGAUCAAAGAAAUACAAGAAAAAGAAGUCUAAGAAGAGCAGAAAAGAUUCCAGUGAUUCAAGCUCUAAAGAUUCCCAAGAAGAGUUUCUGGAGAAUCCCUGGAAGGAUCGGUCAAAGCCUGAAGAACCCUCAGAUUUAAUUGGCCCAGAGGCUCCAAAAACACUUGCCUCUCAAGAUGAUAAACCUCUGAACUAUGGCCAUGCUCUGUUACCUGGUGAAGGUGCAGCUAUGGCUGAAUAUGUAAAAGCUGGAAAACGUAUCCCACGAAGAGGUGAAAUUGGCUUGACAAGUGAAGAAAUUGCAUCAUUUGAAUGCUCGGGUUACGUAAUGAGUGGUAGCAGGCAUCGCCGAAUGGAGGCUGUGCGACUGCGAAAAGAGAACCAGAUCUAUAGUGCUGAUGAGAAGAGAGCCCUUGCGUCCUUUAACCAAGAAGAGAGACGAAAGAGAGAAAACAAGAUUCUGGCCAGUUUUCGAGAGAUGGUAUACAGAAAAACUAAAGGGAAAGAUGACAAAUAACGAUUUUCUGAUUGUUCAGCAGACAUUUUUAACAACAAAAAAGAAAGUCUGGGUUCCAUAUAUCCAUACAAAAAGAUUAUUAUGAUCCGAAAAAGCUUUACAGUGCUACUGUGCCUUCUAUUUAAUUUUUUUAGUCAUUCAAUAAAAACCUGCUUAUUGAUGUAACUUUAGCAAGUUCUUUGGGUUAUUUUGGAUUGACCAUAAUAACUUUCUGGUUUAAAAAUCCAAAUUAUGAGUGAAACCCUACUAUAUUGGGGGAGGUGGCAUUGAGAGAAAGCAUCAGUGAGAUGUGAGAAACCAAACUCUCACACCGUGGGACAGUGCUACUAUCAGCUCGACAUGAUACCCGCCCCCCAACCCCACCCCAACUGAACUUGUGGGAGAUUAUCAUUCCUCUUUGUUGAAUGUGUGAUAAAUGGACUUGACAGAAACAUACAGGAGGCCACUUUUGUUAACAAAAUGAAGGCAUUGCUGAAAAAAGCAAAUCUGGAAUUUGGAGAUUGACUUGUAUAAUAUAUAGCCUGCCCUGGAAAUAAUGUAUUUUGGUUUUAGUCCCUACCUCCAUCCCCAAACCAACAAACAAACCAAAAAGCAAACUAACCCACAGACUUGUUGAAUUGAAAAUGUGAACAUUCAUUUUUAAAAUUAAUAGGUUACUUAAAAAUAGUUCUUUCAAAUAUAAAAUAUUGGAAAGUCUACUGUUGUGCCAAUGUAUGUACAUUAUUUCCAUCUAAGCUGUGCUUAGAUCAUUAUUUGAAUACUAGAAAUGAAUGGGAGUCAACUAGGGUCAGGAGUUUAAUAGGGAAAAAUAUAAUGAAUCAUUGUUUUAACUUAGUUGUUUUAUAAGGAUGAAGCUAAAAUGCUAUUAAACAUUUUUAAGUCUGUCCUUUAUGUAAUAAGCAUAUUUCAUUUUAAACAUUGUUAAACCUUUUGGUUUAUUUUUUAUAUCUAUCAUUCAGUUUAACUUUGUAUAGAAGCUGCUCACUUUAUCACUUUUUUAUGGCUGCGGUUGACUUUUAAGUUUGGGAGAAAUGGAAAAUUCUGGGACUGUGAGAUCAUGAUCUUUUUCCUUCCCUCAUUUUGUUCAGUUUUAGUUGUUAGGUCAGAAGAGCGAAGGCAGAGGGGACAGUGGAAGUUUUGGCUGUUUUUGUUAAGGCUGUUUUGAACUGCAUUGUUAUUAUGUGCCUAGGAUAAAUUUCAAUUACCUGAGUGAUGAGGAAAUUCUUACUCUGCUGUUAUAAAAUACCCUCUCUCCUUAUAGUAGUUUAAAGUGUUUUUUCCCCAAAGUUUUAAAAUAAGGCAGUCAUAUUUUAAGUAUAAAUCAAGAGUUUUACUAUUUAACACAUGUUCUAGGAAAAUGUCUACCUUUAAUCUACAAUUAAUGAACUAAACAGCCCGUUGGCAUGUAGCAAUAUUUAUGACCCCUGAAUUUGAAGUGAUUUCUAUUUAUCGUCAUUGCUGCCUACCCUAAUAAAUCUAUUGUUUCCAAAAGUUAAAAAGAAACUAGGUCACAAUUUUGUGAGUCAUAAUCUGUCUACUUCCCUGUGUAAUAAAAUCUAAAUUUAUAAUCCUCAUUUAAAAAUUUUGUUCUCUAAGAACAUUUUUUGUUACUGGUUCCUAAAGACUAAAUGAGUUUGUGCUCUCGUUUUCAGUAGGCAAGGUAGUUUAAAUGCAACAAUUUUGUGAUAUGUGAAUAUGGUGGAUUUUCAUUGUAUUCUCCUAUCUCCUCCACAGAGUAGAUAUUCAACAAAUGCUCGUUGAGUAAAUCAAAGAAAAUAUAUUAAUUUAUUUCAGAACUUUACCAUUUCUUUCGUCAGAGUUUGUUCAGGAACGAUCUGCCAAAGAACAGCUUCAGUAGCAUAUUCUUCGGGAAAGAGGAGGGAAGAAUAGAAGGGCUAGAAGUAUUUUCUUUUCAGCUCAUGAUAGUUACUGCUUCAAACUGUGUUUAGUCACCUGAGCCAUAAGUCAAGUAGGAGGGCUAUUGUAUUUGAAAUAUAUUUUUUGUUCUCCAAGGAGACUUAUCUAGUUUCCCACCUCCUUGCCUGUUGCUCUGAUAAGAUUUUCCCUCCUUUUUUUAUUUAUUGCACAAAUGUAACAGUUAAAAAAAGAAGAGAGAAAAAUUACCCACAGUCUUAGCACAUCAAUUGUCUUUAGUAUUCUGUGUUCCCUUCCAGUGCUUGUCUACGUAAAUACGUAUUAUGAUGUACCUGUAAGUAAUCACUUGUAAUUUUGUCUUGGGUGUUUUAAAACUUUGCAGCCAGGCAAGACAGCCUCACAGAGAUGGUAGGAACAAGUGAUGAUCUGGUGUGAGGAUGGGAAGAAGACAAGGAAAAGUAAGGGUGGUGAUUGAACCUGUCCCUGUUUCAUUGCUCCCAGUCCUCAAGCCACGCUGCUGCCAUCACAGUUGUGAUGCUGUGUUGUGGUAGGCAGCAUGCCUGGUUUCAGAGCUUAUUGGAUUGUUUAACAGUGAGGCUUAACUCGCAGUAAAUGAAGGGGUCUGUGAGUAGGGAAACCCUUCAGACUGGUUAUAUUAUGAGCUGUAGAACUGUUGCCAUUUUUCUGUUCUCCAGUUAUGCCCAUAAAGAGGUGUGUGUGGGCUGGAGAAUUAGGCUCAAAUGGGGGAACAAGCAGCCGAGUGCCAAUCUCAGUUUGGUCUGACAGAUGAAUUUUAGCAGCUGUCUAAACUUAGCUUCUCUACCCAUAAGACUCUGAGUGAUGCAGAUAGUGAAGGAAAGAACCUUUUAAAAAACAGAAAACAACUUACUGGUUACUCUGCUAAUGUGAUGGAAGUUGCCAAAUGGAAAAUGAAUGAAUGCAAAAAACAUACAGCUGGAUUGUGUGCCACAAGUUUAUUAUUCAAUAAAUAUUCUGUGGUUUGA